GAGAUUGGGAGAAAAAGGGGAGGAGAGAGACAGGGUGCUAGCUUUACAUGAGGUAGUGGCAAAACAGUAAGAGGGUCGAACAGCCAGGAGGCCGGGGAGAAGACAAGAUGGCAUCACCGACAUCUACAGGAGCCUGGGUGCUGAUCCUUAGCCUAGGGGUGGUUGGCAGUCAGAACAUCUCAGCCAGAAUUGGGGAGCCUUUGGUGCUGACCUGCAAGGGGGCCCCUAGGAAACCACCUCAGCAACUUGAAUGGAAACUGAACACAGGUCGGACUGAAGCUUGGAAAGUCCUCUCUCCUGAAGGGGACUCUUGGGAGAGUGUGGCUCGAGUCCUCCCCAAUGGCUCCCUCCUCCUGCCAGCUGUUGGGAUCCAGGAUGAAGGGACAUUCAGGUGCAGGGCAACCAACCGCCAUGGGAAGGAGAUCAAGUCCAACUACCGACUUCGUGUCUACCAGAUUCCAGGGAAGCCAGAAAUAGUGGACCCUGCCUCUGAACUCAUUGCUGGGAUCCCCAACAAGGUAGGAACAUGCCUGUCAGAAGGGGGAUACCCAGCAGGGACUCUUAGCUGGCAUCUGCAUGGAAAAGCCCUGGUGCCUGAUGGGAAAGGAGUGUCUGUGAGGGAGGAGACCAGAAGACAUCCUGACACAGGACUUUUCACAGUACAGUCGGAGUUGACAAUGACCCCAGCCCGAGGAGGCCCUCUGAACCCCACCUUUUCUUGUAGUCUUAGCCUCAGUCCUAGUGCCCCUGGACGUCGGGUCCUCCACACAGCUCCUAUACAACCCAGUGUUUGGGAGCCCUUGCCAUUGGAGGAAGUUCAACUAGUAGUAGAGCCAGAGGGUGGAACAGUGGCCCCUGGAGGGGCAGUAACCCUGACCUGUGAGACCUCUGCCCAGCCCCCACCACAAAUCCAUUGGCUCAAGGAUGGUUCUCCUCUAGCCAUUGCCCCCAGCUCUGUACUGUUCCUUCCUGAGGUUGGAGCCCAAGACCAAGGAAUAUACAGUUGUGUAGCCACUGACCAAGGUCAUAGAUCAAAAGAAAGUCCUGGUGUUAGUGUCAGCAUCAUUGAGACUAGAGAAAAUGGCCAAGCAGAAGGCCUUGAGGAAGGCCCAGGACUAGGCUUAGUGGCCCUUGUUCUAGGUGUUUUGGGUAGUCUGGUCAUAGCUGCCCUGCUGGUGGGAAUCCUUUUGUGGAAAAGACAGCAGCGGCUCCAUAGAGAAGAGAGGAAGGUUCCUGAGUGCCCAGAGGAAGAGGAACAGCGGGCAGAACUUAAUCAACCUGAAGAACAGGAAACAGCUGAGAGCAAUGUAGGGGGGCCCUGAGCAACCCUUGAUACCCAUCUGAUUCCUUCUAUUUUCUUCCCACUCCCCUGCCAACGCUAUCCCCCCAACCCCAGCCUCCCUUCCCCAUCUCCACUACUUCCCCUAAAAAGUCAACCUCUCUCACAUCAACUGAGAGCUCAGCCUGUUCCCUGCUUGUGCCCACUCAUCCAAACAAUGAUUAUUAAACAUCUGACAAUCCUA